AUGUUUCUGGAACAGGGCCUGGGCAGAGAUGGGACUUUCCAGCUGCUGACGGGGUGUGCUCAGGAAGGGCCCUGCCUACCUGGCCCUGGCCGUGACACGUGCACGCAGGAAGCCUUCCAAGCCCAGAGGAGCCGGCUGGUGGGGCUGCUGGGCUCGGGGUCCCUGGAGGGCUUCGAGAGUGUCCUGGACCGGCUGCUGGCCUGGGAAGUGCUUUCUUGGGAGGACUACGAGGGCCUGUGCGUCCUGGGCCAGCCCCUCUCCCACUUGGCCAGGCGCCUCCUGGACACCGUGUGGAAUAAAGGUGCCUGGGGCUGCGAGCAACUCUUGGCGGCCGUGCAGGAGGCGCGGGCCGACGGCCAGUCCCCCGCGCUGCGUGGCCACUGGGACCCCCACUCACCCCACCCGGCCCGGGACCUGCAGUGCCACCGGCCCGCCAUCGUCCGGAGACUCUACAGCCACGUGGAGGGCGUGCUGGACCUGGCGCAGGCGCGGGGCUUCGUCAGCCCGUACGAAUGUGAUGAAAUCAGGCUGCCCAUCUUCACGUCAUCCCAGCGGGCACGGAGGCUCCUGGAUCUGGCCGCCGUGAAGGCCAACGGGCUGGCUGCCUUCCUUCUUCAGCACGUGCAGGAACUGCCCGUCCCGCUGGCCCUGUCUGUGGAAGACGCCGCGUGUCAGAAGUACACAUCCAAGCUGCGGACCACGGUCUCGGCCCAGUCGCGCUUCCUGAGCUCCUACGACGGGGCGGAGAACCUGUGCCUGGAGGACAUCUACACGGAGAAUGUCCUGGAGCUGCGGACGGAGGUGGGCGCGGCUGGCGCCCCGCAGACCAGCCCAGCCCCCCUGGGCCUGGAGGCCCUCUUCAGCGCCGGGGCCCCCCUCAACGCCGACGCGGACACCGUGCUGGUGGUGGGCGAGGCGGGCAGCGGCAAGAGCACGCUCCUGCAGCAGCUGCACCUGCUGUGGGCGUCGGGGCGGGAUUUCCAGGAGUUUCUCUUUGUCUUCCCCUUCAGCUGCCGGCAGCUGCAGCGUGUGGCCAGGCCCCUGUCCCUGCGCGCGCUGCUCUUUGAACACUGCUGCUGGCCUGACCUCGGCCAGCAGGAGGUCUUCCGGUUCCUCCUCGCCCACCCCGACCGCGUCCUCCUCACCUUCGACGGCUUUGACGAGUUCAGGUUCAGGUUCACGGACGGCGAGCGGCACUGCUCCCCGACCGACCCCACGUCUGUGCAGAAUCUGCUCUUCAACCUCCUCCAGGGCAACCUGCUCAAGAACGCCCGCAAGCUGCUGACCAGCCGCCCGGACGCCGUGUCCGCCUUCCUGCGCAAGUACGUGCGUGCCGAGCUCCACCUCAAGGGCUUCUCGGAGGACGGCAUCGAGCUGUACCUGCGGAAGCGCCACCGCGAGCCGGGCGUGGCCGACCGCCUGGUCCGCCUGCUCAGAGCCACCUCGGCCCUGCACGGCUUGUGCCACCUGCCCGUCUUUGCCUGGAUGGUAUCCAAAUGCCACCAGGAGCUGCUGCUGCAGGGCGGGGGGUCCCCUCGGACCACCACGGACAUGUACCUGCUGAUCCUGCAGCAUUUCCUGCUCCACGCCUCCCCACCGGACGCGGCCCCCCACGGCCCGGGGCCCGGCCUGCUCCGAGGCAGGCUCCCCACCCUCCUGCACCUGGGCCGCCUGGCUCUCUGGGGCCUGGGCGUGAGCUGCUACGUGUUCUCGGCCACGCAGCUCCAGGCGGCGCACGUGGACGGGGCGGACAUUUCCCUGGGCUUCCUGGUGCACGCCAAAAGCGUGGCGCCCGGGGGCCCGCCGCCCCUGGAGUUCCUGCACAUCACCUUCCAGUGCUUCUUUGCCGCCUUCUACCUGGUGCUCAGUGCCGACGUGAGGCCGUCCUCGCUCAGACACCUCUUCAAUUGCCGCCCGACGGGCAGCUCGCCGCUGGCCCGGCUGCUGCCCGCGCUGUGCGUGCAGGGCCCGCCGAGCGAGGAGGGCAGCGUGGAGGCUUGGCUGCAGCAGGCCGAGCCGCACAACCUCCAGAUCACGGCCGCCUUCCUGGCGGGGCUGCUGUCCAGGGAGCACCGGGGCCUGCUGGCCGAGUGCCAGGCGUCCGAGAAGGCCCUGCUGCGGCGCCAGGCCUGUGCCCGCCGGUGUCUGGCCCGCAGCCUCCGCAAGCACUUCUGCUCCAUCCCGCCAGCCCUGCCGGGCGAGGCCAAGAGCAUGCACGCCCUGCCCGGCUUCCUCUGGCUCGUCCGCAGCCUGUACGAGCUGCGGGAGGAGCGGCUGGCGCGCAAGGCUGUGCGGGGCCUCGACGUGGGCCACCUCAAGCUGACGUUCUGCAGCGUGGGCCCUGCCGAGUGCGCCGCCCUGGCCUUCGUGCUGCGCCACCUCCGGCGGCCCGUGGCCCUGCAGCUGGACCACAACUCCGUGGGCGACGUCGGCGUGGAGCAGCUGCUGCCCUGCCUGGGCGUCUGCAAGGCUCUGUACCUGCGAGAUAAUAACCUCUCGGACCGCGGCGUCUGCACGCUCGCCGAGCACGCCCUGCGCUGUGAGGAGCUGCAGAAGCUGGCUUUAUUCAACAACAAGCUGACGGACGGCUGUGCCCAGGCCCUGGCGCGGCUCCUGGAGUGCCGGCAGAACUUCCUGGCACUGAGGCUGGGGAAUAACCGCAUCACGGCGGCGGGGGCCCAGGAGCUGGCCCGGGGGCUCAGGGCCAACUCUUCGCUGCAAUUCCUGGGGUUCUGGGGCAAUGAGGUGGGGGACAAGGGGGCGCAGGCCUUGGCGGAAGCCCUGGGCGACCACCAGAGCUUGAGGUGGCUCAGCCUGGUGGGGAACCGCAUUGGCAGUGUGGGUGCCCAAGCCUUAGCCUCGAUGCUGGAGAAGAACGUGGCACUGGAGGAACUCUGCCUGGAGGAGAACCAGCUCGGAGACGAAGGCGUCCGUUCUCUCGCCGAAGGACUCAGGAGAAAUUCAAGCUUGAAAGUCCUCAAGCUGUCCAACAACCGCGUCACCUACCGAGGGGCGGAAGCCCUCCUGCAGGCCCUUGAAAGGAAUGGCACCGUCAGGGAAGUCUGGCUCCGCGGAAACGCCUUCUCUCCGGAGGAAAUGGAGACGCUGGGCCGCAGGGACGCCAGGCUCCUGCUGUGAUGUCUCCGGGCCGGUCCCCUCGGUGUGUGUGAGAGCAGCGGGGCCGCCCGCCCGCCCGUCCAGACGGAGCCCUGUCCUGCCCAGGCCAGCGCAGCAGCGGCCUUUGCUCUGGCCCAGGAGGGGCAGCAGUGCCUCAGCGUGGACGUCUCCAAGGCCCGCGAGGGCCGCCGAGUUCUUCCCACGCUUCACGCUGCAGAGAGGGGCAGCCCCUCAGGGGGCCCACGGCGGCUCCUGGGAGCCCAUUGGCAUGGGACCUGGGUCCCCGUGGGAAGCCCCUUUCCACGCCUCUCACAAGGGGGGGGGGGGCGUUCAGGGAGAAACUCUCUUUUUUUGGUAUAUGUUUUUAUUUAUUUUUUUAAAUAUAUUUUAUUGAUUUUUUACAGAGAGGAAGGGAGAGGGAGAGAGAGUUAAAAACAUCGAUGAGAGAGAAACAUCGAUCAGCUGCCUCCUAUACACCCCUUCCUGGGGCUGUGCCCGCAACCAAGGUACAUGCCUUUGACUGGAAUCGAACCCAGGACCCUUCAGUCCCCAGGCUGAUGCUCUAUCCACUGAGCCAAACCGGCCAGGGCGGUAUAUGUUUUUAUUGAUUUCAGAGGAAGGAAGAGGGAGAGAGAAACAUCAAUGAUGAGAGAGAAUCAUGGAUCGGCUGCCUCCUGCACGCCCCACACUUUAUUUGUAAGUGUGGAUUUGUAAGUGGGGGCGCUCUGGUGAGAGAUAGAAACAUCAAUGAUGAGUGGGCGCGGAGACACACUGAGUCUGGUGAGGCCGGAAGUGGGAGGUGGCCUGUGAUACCCAUUUGGGAAGCUCAGGGCACUGCUCUCAAGGCCCCACCUGACCGGCCCUUCUGCGGGGAUCGAGCCUGCCACCCGGGCAUGUGCCCUGACCGGGAAUUGAACCAUGACCUCUUGGUUCAUAGGUCGAUGCUCAACCCCUGAGCCACGCGGGCCGGGCAGGAAGGAACUUUCUGGUGUGGGUCAACCACCCAGGCUGCUCCCACAUCCGGUCCCUCCGCCCACCCUGGACGCUGCACGUGGCGAUUCCUCUGGGUUGAGGGUUGUGGGUUGCGGAGAUCAGCGUUCUCAGCGUUCACACCUCCCCGGCCCCCACAACGGGAGGGGCUGCCAUUCGGCCUGCUCUCCUUUCUGGUCCUUAAGACGUUAAUGGAGGGGGCACAUCACAGCGAUUGAGUCCCCAGGAUCGACUAGAUUUGCAAGAAGAAUGUGACCGCAUGGCAGCUGGUGUCACACGUGGACUUUUAUUUCCUGUGACGUCAAUUCCUCGCCAGGGAAGCCUGCGGCAUCAACUCGCCAUCCGGAAGCAGCUUUGACAGAAUCCGUCUGCGCCAGGAUUUGGAAUGCCCUCCAGGUGUUCCUCUGGGGAAUGCCUGUGAGCUGGACUGGGACAUCAGACUCCCAAAUAUCCUCCUAAGAGACGAUUGAUUUAAAAAUAUAUAUGUGUGUAUAAAAUUGAUUUCAGAGAGGAAGGAAGAGGGAGAGAGAGAGAGAAACAUCAAUGAUGAGAGAAAAUCAUGGAUUGGCUGCCUCCUGCAUGCCCCCUACUGGGCGUACAGUGCAACUGGACAUGUGCCCUGCCAGGGGGUGGAACUGGUGACCUCUUGGUUCCUGGGUCAGUGCUCAACUGCUGAGCCACACCGGCUGGCGCGACAUUGGUUUUGGCCAGAAUGCUCCGGGAUGUACAGUCGUGGAUUAACAGUUUACAGGGGCACAAUCAGAGCCCCUUCCUCAUCAAGCCGACCCUUUCCUGGGUUUUCGGAAGGAUGCGCAUGGCCUUUGUAAACCGCCAGGUGCCGUGCACGUGUUAUUACGUUCAACAGUGUUGCUCAUGGAAACUGGUUACUAUUUAUAAACCACGUUAUUUUAUUCUGCCAAGUUUACAUUUUUAUUAAAAAAAGACGCAUG